UGAUUCUACUUGUUUGAUUCUACUUGUCGUUACUCGAGUUAUAGUCAAUAGCUGUGACCAGUACGCGACGCGAAUCCGUGCAUGAUGCGUUCCUCCGGCAAGAUCACUGCAGACGUUCCCAGGCGAAAUAACAAUUAUAGUUUACAAAUUAACCGCUGGUUCCUGAGGCCGAUAGGCGCUUGGCCGGAAUUACCCACGAGCUCGGCUACCGAGAGAACACUGUCGAAGAUUCUGAGAUUAAUAUGUCACAUUUUAAUAGCUCUCACCGUGGUACCCUCCAUACUGUACAUACUCUUCGAGGAGAAGGACUUCCGCCUCAAGUUGAAGGCUGUGGGACCCACGAGUCAUUGGCUCAUGGGUGGCAUAAAUUACUGCUCGCUGUUGUACCAGAAGAAGCAGAUACGUAGAUCAAUCGAGCACAUGGAAACGGACUGGCGUAUGGUCAAGAGGGAGCGCGAUCGGGAAUUGAUGCUGAGGAACGCCAAAGUCGGGCGAGCUAUCGCGAGCCUUUGCGCACUCAUCAUGCAGGGUGGUAUCUUCUCGUACAACGUGGCGAGAGGAACGUCGCCGAUACUCGUGGUGAUCGGAAAUGAGACAGUCGCGAUUGGCCGCUUACCAUGUCCGUCCUUCAACAAGAUCGUGGAUACCAGAUUCAGUCCAGUAUACGAGGUCGUGCUCACGCUGCAAUGCCUCUCGACCAUCGUGGUGAACAACACGACGGUUGGUGCGUGCGGUUUAGCUGCUGUUUUCGCGAUGCACGCUUGCGGCCAGCUCAGUGUAGUGAUGUCGCGACUUGAAGAGCUAGACGGCGAAAAAGACGAAUGCCACAUCGUCCAGAGGAAGUUGGCGAACCUCGUUGAACGUCAUCUGCGAGCAUUAAGGUUUCUAUCACGUAUGGAGGCAAUUAUGCGUCAAGUAUGUCUUGUGGAGUUACUCGGUUGUACGUUCAACUUGUGCAUGCUAGGAUAUUACACCAUUACGGAAUGGCACGAGGAAAGUACGAACACUUUAAUAACAUAUCUCAUUGUACUAACGUCGAUGAUGUUUAAUAUUUUCAUAUUUUGCUAUAUCGGUGAUCUGGUUACGGAACAGUGUAAGAAGGUCGGUGAAGCUGCUUAUAUGACGAAUUGGUAUCAGUUGCCGCGUAAAACUGUGCUUGGCUUAAUAUUAAUAAUUUUGCGCUCAAGCAUUGUUAUUAAAAUCACUGCUGGAAAAAUAUUUCACAUGUCGAUUCCAACUUUCGGUGACGUAAUUAAAACAUCUGUGGCAUAUUUGAAUAUGCUUAGAACUCUGACUGUAUAAGUAAUUUUAAAAAAAUUACAACUCAAACAUUGUGAGAUGCAACAUUAGCGUAAAAUAAUAUUUGUUA